GAUCAUUACAACGCGCGCGGUUACGAGUGUACGAAUCAAUGUAGGUUAGAAAACAAGACUUUUUUACUAUUUUUUUUUAUUUAUUUUUUUAUUUAAUUUAUUAGACUUUAUUUUUUAUCGAUUUAUAUUGUUUCCUGUAGGUGUUGAUAUAUUUUUUACAAAAAUACCUCAUUGGAAACAAAUAUAUUGUGUGGCUGAAUAUUUAUUAAUGAAAAGUGUAGUUUUCUUUAAUGUGAAUAAUCUGUUUUUAGAAAAUAGAAGAAAUAUUGGAAUUUCACACACCAAAGAUAUACAUGAGACCCGACAGUAAGCAAAAUGAUUAGUUUGGACAAUCCAGAUCUAGAUAAGUUUUGUGGAUCGAAAUUUUGGGAUACCAAUAUCACCUGGUACUCAGAAACGCCGGACUUUACAAGAUGUUUCGAGAAAACGGCGUUAGUGUGGCUUCCCUGUGCCUUUUUGUGGCUCUUGGCUCCUUUGGAAGUGUACUAUAUGAAGGCUAGUCACAACAAAGAUAUACCAUGGAACUGGAAGAAUACUUUGAAAAUACUUAUAACCGCGUUGAUUUGUGCCACUAGCGCCAGCGAUUUUCUUACAAGUGCAGGUGGAGAAGUACUAAGCAAAGUGGAUGUUUACAUGCCUUUUUGUAAACUAAUUACUUUCGUACUAGCCGGAGUACUUGCUUACUACAACAAGUUCUUCGGAGUACAAUCUUCAGGUACCUUAUUCACGUUCUGGUUGCUUUGUGCCGUUUGUGGAGCGCCACAGUUCAGAACAGAGGUACUCUAUGUUCAGAGGUUCGGCGAGCCAGAAGAUCAGUAUUUGUACAUUAGUUAUUUGGUUUACUAUCCUCUAACAAUAGCCAUGUUGUUCCUUAAUUGUUUUGGGGAGGGAACACCGAGAAUAUAUCCUUAUGGGGCAGCAAAGAAUCGAAGUCCAGAAUCGAGUUCCAGUUUCUUAAGCAGAAUCACAUUCUGCUACUUCGACGGAACAAUGUACAGAGGUUUCCGCAAACCCCUGGAAGCCAAAGACAUGUGGGACCUUAAACCCGAAGACAAAGCUAGUGCCUUAGUACCAAUUUUCGAACAAGAAUUUUCCAAAAGAUCGGAAAAGUACACAAGAAAAUACCAAGCAGAUGUUAAUGGACAAGCCAAAGUAUCCUUUAAAUCCAAUUCUGGAAGUGUGGAUAUCAACAAACAGAAAUCGAAAAAAGAAACGUCAAUAGUGCCAGUGAUGUGGGCAUGUUUCUCCAGGCCGUUUAUUAUGGGUAUCGUUUUGAAACUUCUCACAGAUGUCAGUCAGUUUAUCAAUCCUCAAAUCCUGGGAUUGCUUAUUGCCUACGUCGGUUCCGACGAACCUGUAUGGAAGGGUAUACUCUACGCAGCCAUCAUGUUCCUCUCCGCUGCAGUACUAACAUUCAUCAACAACCAGAACUUCAACAGACUGUUCAUAGUUGGUUUGCGUGUCAGAACCGUACUAACAUCCGCCAUCUACCGCAAAGCUUUAAGAAUAUCGAACGCAGCACGUAAAGAACGAACAGUGGGAGAAAUCGUGAAUCUGAUGUCAGUGGAUGCCAACAAGUUCCAGGAGUUGACCAUGUUCAUAAACAUGCUGUGGUCUGCACCUAUCACUAUUAUAAUCUCUAUCUAUUUCUUGUGGUUGGAGUUGGGACCUUCUAUCCUCGCAGGUUUGGCCGUCAUGAUCCUCCUGAUCCCUCUUAAUGGUGUACUGGUCAACAAAUCGAAGAAACUUCAAAUGAAACAAAUGAAAGAGAAAGACGAGAGAGUCAAAAUGAUGAACGAAAUCCUCAGCGGAAUCAAAGUUUUAAAAUUGUACGCCUGGGAAAAAAGUUUCGAGCAACAAAUUACGAAAAUCAGAGAAAGGGAAAUUAUAUCUCUCAGAAAAGCCGCCUACCUUCACGCAGGAACCAUGUUUAUUUGGAAUUGCGCGCCAUUUUUGGUAUCAUGCAUCACCUUUGCCACAUAUGUACUAGUCGACGAAAAUAACGUUUUGGAUGCUUCAAAAGCUUUUGUAUCUCUAGCUCUAUUAAACAUUCUAAGAAUGCCUCUCAGUUUCCUCCCUAACGCUAUCAACCAAAUGGUGCAAGCAUGGGUUUCAGUGAAAAGAAUCAACGCUUUCUUGAAUGCUGAAGAAUUAGAACCGUACGUCACGCAUGACAAGGCUGAUGCUACACCCUUAAUCAUCGAAAAUGGUACUUUCACCUGGGGCGAAGAGCCAGUACUAAAGAACGUUAACAUUGAGGUAAAGAAAAACAGUCUCACGGCUGUUGUUGGGGCGGUAGGCUCUGGAAAGAGCAGUCUCAUCAGCGCCUUCCUUGGUGAAAUGGACAAGCUUUCUGGACGAGUGAACAGUUAUGGCUCUAUAGCUUAUGUACCUCAACAAGCCUGGAUUCAAAACGCUAGUGUCAGAGAUAAUAUUAUUUUUGGAAAGGAAUUUGACAAAAUUAGAUACAAUAAAGUUGUUGAAGCUUGCGCUUUAAAACCAGAUUUUGAGAUGCUUGCUAACGGCGAUCAAACUGAAAUCGGAGAAAAAGGAAUUAACUUGUCUGGUGGACAAAAACAAAGAAUAAGUUUGGCUCGAGCAGUCUACGUAAACGCCGAUAUCUACCUUCUGGAUGACCCUCUUAGUGCAGUUGAUUCUCAUGUGGGAAGACACAUCUUUGACAAAUUACUUGGUCCAUCAGGUCUUCUAAAAGAUAAAACCAGAGUUUUGGUCACUCAUGCUGUCACUUACUUGCCCCAAACUGACAAAAUUAUCGUCUUGAAAGAUGGAGAAGUUUCUGAGUCAGGAUCAUACCAAGAACUUCUGGCACAAAAGGGAGCAUUUGCUGAAUUCCUUGUCCAACACAUCACUGAAGAAAUCGAGGACGAAGAAGCACUGGAUGAAAUUCAAGAACAACUUGGCGAAACCAAAAUAUCUGAAGAAGUAAAGCAGGAGAUCAAACGCACUAUAUCCCGUCAAAGAUCGCGUAUAUCAGAGUCUUCACUUGGAUCUCAACAAGGACUUAACGGGCUUGGUAGAACGGAAUCCAGAGAAAGUUUGAGAAGCACGAAUAGCUUACGCAGAAGGAAAGCUAGCGUAUCUUCGAGAAAACUGAGCUUGAAACCCUCAGAAAAAGGAGGAAAAGGUGGCCCAGGUGGUCCACCAGGCCCUGACAAAGGCAAACUUAUCCAAACUGAACGUGCAGAAAAAGGAAACGUUAAAUUCGGCGUCUACCUUUAUUACUUGGGUGCUGUUGGUCCAUUAUUUAUCUUGCUCACCAUCAUAUUCAACACCGGCUUCCAAGGCUUCGGUAUCGCCACCAACGUUUGGUUAGGAUACUGGUCAGAAGACCCCAACAUGGUCGUUGAUGGAAAAGUAGACAAAGGAUUAAGAGAUAUGUACUUGAGCGUUUACGCAGUUCUGGGUAUUCUACAAUCUGUAUGUAUUUUUAUUGGAAACGUAUUCUUUGCGAAAGGAACCACAACUGCAGCCGCGAAACUUCAUAAUUUUGUUAUGAAGAACGUCUUAAGACUGCCAAUGUCAUUCUUUGAUACCACGCCCUCUGGUCGUAUUCUUAGUAGAUUCUCUGGUGACAUCAUCGGUGUGGAUCUUAGGUUACCCAUGAAUUUCAACGUAUUUUUCCUCAACUCUAUUAAAGUUAUUGGUACUAUGUUUGUAAUCUGUUACACCACCCCACUGUUCAUUGCUGUUAUUAUCCCGAUUACCGCAAUUUAUCUAUUUUUACAAAGAUACUACGUCGCUACAUCCAGACAGCUGAAACGUAUUGAAUCGGUAUCAAGAUCGCCAAUAUACUCACACUUUGGUGAAACAGUAUCUGGAACACAAGUCAUUAGAGCUUAUGGACAAGCUGAUAGGUUCAUUAGUGAAUCUGAAUAUAAAGUAGACCUCAAUCAAAUGAGUAUAUACCCCAGCAACUGUUCCGGUAGAUGGCUUAGUAUUCGUCUUGAAAUGAUUGGUAACCUCAUUAUCUUAUUCGCCGCUUUGUUUGCUGUUCUUAACCACGAUUUAAACCCUGCCCUUGUCGGCUUAUCAGUCAGCUAUUCAAUGAACGUCACCCAAACUCUGAACUUUUUGGUGCGUAUGAUUUCCGACGUGGAAACAACGAUCGUAUGCGUUGAACGUAUAAAGGAAUACGGUGAAGUGCCACAGGAAGCUGCAUGGGAGAUUCCCAGCAAGAAACCUCCACCAACGUGGCCAGACAAAGGAACAGUUCAGUUUAAACAAUACGGUUUAAGGUACCGUCCAGGGUUAGACUUGGUACUGAAAGGAAUCGAUUUCCAAGUAAACGGGGGAGAAAAAAUUGGAAUUGUUGGCAGGACUGGAGCGGGAAAAUCCAGUUUGACGCUUGCUUUAUUCAGAAUAAUUGAAGGCGCACAAGGUUCCAUCUUGAUUGACGGCACACCCAUUUCCGAACUGGGUUUACACGAUCUUCGUUCCCGUCUAACCAUUAUUCCACAAGACGCUGUUUUAUUCUCUGGUUCUCUUAGAUUGAAUUUGGAUCCCUUUGAUAAAUACGCUGACGCAGACGUAUGGGGUGCUUUGGAACAAGCUCACUUAAAAGAAUUCAUAAAAGGUUUGCCUGCCGGAUUAUCCCACAAGAUCAGUGAGGGAGGGGAAAAUCUUUCAGUGGGUCAAAGACAACUCAUCUGUUUAGCUAGAGCAUUAUUACGAAAAACGAAAAUACUUAUUCUUGACGAAGCCACUGCCGCUGUAGACUUGGAAACAGACGAACUUAUACAAAAAACAAUUAGGAAAGAAUUUGCUGAUUGCACUGUGUUAACUAUUGCUCACAGAUUGAACACUAUCCUAGAUUCAGACAGGGUACUGGUGUUAGAUAAAGGAGAAAUAGCUGAAUUUGAUUCUCCAACAAAUCUACUGGAACGAACCAGUUCUAUUUUCCAUGGAAUGUGUAAGGAUGCUGGAUUGGCAUCUUAGUAAGAGAACAUGUGUAGGAUAUUUGUUUUUGUUAUAAGCAAAAAAAAUGUGUGUGAUAGGUAUACAACCUACCUCAAAAACAAACGAAAGAGAUUGUGAAAUGUUUCACCAUUAACAAUAAACAUGUUUGGUUAUAACUUAAUUGUAACAUAUACUAUUAAAAGCUUAUGUCCU